GAGAGUUUGGCGAAGGUUUUUGGCGGGGCAGGCGGACGCGUCUUCCAAGCGCCUGAGGAUGGAGGGCAAUCGACGGGGGCCUGAGGGUGGAGGGCAAUCGACUCCAAGUCCCAGCCUGCGCUGCUUCCUCCGCUGCACCUGGCUCAGGAUUGACCCCGCCAUGGUGCCCUGGGCAACGCUGCUCCUUUUGGGGCUGUUGUUCUGCUGCUGUUUGGGUCACAGCAGCCAGACGGGAGCGCCUCGGGUUUAUCUCACCUACAAAGAAUUGUUAGAGACCCGCACUGCUCGCCCUUUCAGCUUCAACUUUAACACCAGUGAUUAUCGCAUCUUAUUGGUGGACCAAGACCAGGAACGUCUCUAUCUGGGGGCACGAGAUUUUCUGGUGGCCUUGGAUCUUCACAACAUCAACAAGGAGCCACUGAUUAUCCAUUGGCCAGCAUUACCAAACCAGGAGAACGAGUGUCGCUUGGCAGGGAAAGGGCAGAGAGGUGAAUGUUUCAACUACAUACGGCUGAUGGAGCCUUUGAACCGUACUCAUCUCUAUGCCUGCGGAACGGGGGCUUAUCAUCCAGUCUGCAUCCUUAUCAAUCGUGGUUGGCGCUCUGAAGAAUACCUGUUUCGCAUAGUGCCUCAUUCACUGGAACCAGGCAAGGGGAAAUGUCCUUACGACCCCCGGCAGUCCAGCAUGGCUGUGCUUAUCAAUAACACACUGUAUGCUGGAGUUCACGUGGAUUUCAUGGGCACCGAUGCUGCCUUGUUCCGGACCAUGGGACCACGCCCAGCUGUACGUACAGAGCAGCAUGAUUCCCGGUGGCUCUACGACCCCAUUUUCCUCCAAGCCCACGUCAUUCCUGACAGCUCCGACCACAAUGAUGACAAGCUCUACUUCUUUUUCCGUGAAAAAGCACUGGAGGGUGCCGUGGGGCCUGCCGUACUCGCUCGGGUGGGACGGGUGUGCCUGAACGAUGAUGGUGGACAGCGCUCCUUGUUGAACAAGUGGACGACGUUCCUUAAAGCCCGUCUGGUGUGCUCUGUGAUUGGAGAGGAUGGCGUGGAGACUUUCUUUGACGAGCUGCGUGAUGUUUUCCUUUUGCCGACCCAGGAUGAGAAGCAUCCCUUGCUCUAUGGGGUCUUUUCCACCCUGGGGUCAGUGUUCCGUGGCUCGGCUGUCUGUGUUUAUUCCAUGGCUGACAUCCGCACCGUCUUCAACGGGCCCUUUGCCCAUAAGGAAGGACACAACUACCAGUGGGGGCCGUACACAGGACGUGUGCCCUACCCUCGUCCUGGAGCCUGCCCGGGAGGAACCUUCACCCCAGGCCUUCGCUCCACACGUGAGUUUUCUGAUGAGCUGGUAACCUUCGUGCGGGCCCAUCCCUUGAUGUUCCAUGCAGUCUAUCCCCUCCAGCGCCGUCCCCUCCUGGUGAGGACCAAUGUCCCCUACAGCUUCACCACCUUGGCUGUGGACCUGGUGGAUGCCGUGGAUGGGCGCUACGAGGUCCUCUUCCUUGGCACAGACCAAGGUACAGUGCAAAAGGUGAUUGUGUUGCCCAAGGAACAAGGGAUACUGGAAGAACUGACUCUGGAGGAAGUUGAGGUGUUCAGGGUACCAGCUCCAGUGAAGACGCUGUGGAUAUCCUCAAAACGACAACAGCUCUAUGUCUCCUCUGACAUGGGCGUUUCCCAGUUGACCCUCCACCGAUGCCGGGAGUAUGGUGAAGCCUGUGCUGAUUGCUGUCUGGCCCGGGACCCCUACUGCGCAUGGGAUGGGCAACGUUGUGCCCGCUACAGUCACACAGCCAAAAGGAGGAGCCGUCGCCAGGAUAUCAAACAUGGCGAUCCCCUGAGGCAGUGCCGUGGAUUUAACGCCAAGGCAGAACAGCAAUUAAGUGAGCAGAUUCAGUACGGACUAGAAGGAGGAAGUGUGUUUCUGGAGUGUGAACCCCGAUCUCCCCACGCGACCAUCAAGUGGCUUGUGCAAACAGACGAUUCUACCAAACGCAAAGUGUUGCCCCGGGAUCGCAUAUUGCUCCAAACACCUCAGGGUGUGCUUUUAGGCCCAGUGAUGCCAUCCGACAGUGGGCUCUACCAAUGCGUAGGCACCGAGAAUCGCUUUCGCCACACGCUGCGGCGGCUUCGUCUGCAUGUCCUUCCCCGGGCUUUGCUGGAGGGGGCCAUCACCUCUGAAGAGGCACCCACCCUGGGCAUCUGUGAGAGCUACUGGCAACAGUUCAACAGAGCCCAAGACAUCCAGCAUAGCCAGAGCGGCCACCAGGCCCACACUGGACCCAGCCUGUGGAGUUCUGAACAGCAGUCCAACUGGGACAGAGCUGCUCAGCAGCACUCGCUGAACUGGACCACCAGUAGUCCCAAUCACUGGCAAAGCGGCAGCACCAGCAGCCGCCGUCGCCCACACCACCACCGCCACCACCACCACCGCUCCAGGCCAUGGGCAGGGCAUCGAACUCCACCUCGAAGCUGAGCUGGAUGGAAGACAGUGGGCAGGGAGAGGCUUUGACCUAAUCUUUGGCGCGAGAGAAUGACAUUCCAGGGGACUCUUUUUGGAAGAGCUGAGUGGAUCUAGAGAUGGGGAAAAACCUCUUUGCUUCCUCCAGAUUGAGGGGACAACACUAUUGCUAACAAAGUGUGGGGUGCGGUGUGUCCAGGCUAAUUCCAGGGUUUUUAGGACCAGGGCUUACCGGCUCUUUCCUGAAAUGGAAAGCUGGCCAGUGCUAAUUGCAAAGGCUUUGGCAUUCUUUCUUUUUUUUUUUUUACAGUAUUCAUUCCCAAUCUUAUGCCAUCCUCUCACAUCAUAGAAGGAAAACUGUGGGGCUUCCUUCAACAUUAACACCAUCAUUUUAUUAACCCUAUGCUGCAGAAGCAUGUAGCAGAAAAUAAAAUACCAGUUUAUUUUCUAAACAAAAUGGAAAAGGGCCGUUGUGGAUUUGUGAAAGGAAGAACAUUUCCAUGCACGGUGAGCCCAAUGUUACAAAUAGUUUUAAGAUCCAGCCUCGUCAGAAUCAAGC